UUAAAAUGGCAUCAUCAGAAACUCAUUCAAAAAUGCUAUUUGUUAUCUUUCUUCUCUGUUUCCUCUCUUAUUUGUCCCUAUGCACCUCCCAAUCCAAUAACUGUGCAUUUCCAGAUCAGGAAAUCACUACUAGGGCAAAUAGAACUUGGGGGCUGUUUGUUUUUGGAAGCUCCCUUGUGGACAAUGGCAACAAUAACUUCUUUGAAAAUAGGGCACAAGUGAAUUAUUUGCCUUAUGGAAUAGACUUCCCAAACGGUCCUACCGGCCGGUUUACAGACGGCAAAAAUUUGGUUGAUCUUCUUGGUGAGCUUCUUAACCUGCCAAACUUAAUUCCUCCUUUCAAAGAUCCCACAACAAAGGGAAGGAAAAUUGUUUAUGGUGUCAAUCAUGCAUCUGGUUCUUCUGGUAUUUUAGAUGAGACCAGCUUAAUUUCGGGGAACGUGACCAGCUUGAGUCAGCAAAUAAGGGACUUUCAGGAGGUGACACUGCCAGAAUUAGAAGUUCAGCUUGGUUGCAAUAGCUCUGAUUCACUUCCAGGCUACUUGUUUGUCGUUGGGGUGGGAGGAAACGACAUCCUUUUUAACUACUUCCUCAGGCAAACCUAUCCCAGAGUUGAUCCUCAAACAUUCACAGCCAACCUUACUGCCAUUCUAUCACAGCGUCUACAGAAGCUGUACAGUUUGGGAGCCAGGAAAUUCGUGUUAACUGCAGUCUAUCCACUGGGAAACAGUCCGUUGGUAGAGUUGAACAUGCCAAAUUGUACUGUCGUUUGUGCACAAGCUAUAAACCAAGUUGCUCAAAUCUACAACAGAAAUUUGAGGUCAAUGGUGGAAGAUUUCCAGCGGAGAAUGCCUGAUUCCAAUUUGGUUGUCAUUGAAACCUAUAACAUUGUCUCAGAAAUCCUCCUCUUUCCUGCUUCUAGAGGCUUUACAAACACAAGGAGCAGUUGUUGCGCAGUGGUAUCUCGAACUCAAGGUGGAAAUGGAGUUUUGUGUGAAAGAGGUGGGCGAACAUGUCCAAACAAGAAGGUUUAUGUGUACUUUGACGGUUUACAUCCAACAGAAGCUGUAAACAUUCAAAUAGCAAACGAUGCCUACACUUCUCGUAAUAUAUUUAAGGUUUAUCCCAUCAAUGUACAACAACUCUCUCAACUUUAA